AUGGCGAUCUGCUUUUCUCCUUUAUCCGCCUCAUUUUCAGGCGGCGGAUGUCAGCUGAAGGCGCGUGAGAUGUGGUGGUCCAGCAACAGUCGGGCAGAAUCAGCAAAGCUCACUACCCAAAGCCCAAGGAAAAAUAUUCAACUGCGAACCAGACGCAAUUUCGCUAUUCGUGCUGAGUACAGUGAUGAUAGUAGGGGUGGAGGUGCUGAUUUUCUUGCUGGAUUUGUCUUAGGUGGUGCUGUCUUUGGGACUUUAGCUUAUGUUUUUGCUCCACAGAUUAGAAGAUCUCUACUUAAUGAAGAUGAAUACGGAUUCCGGAAGGCCAGAAGACCAAUAUAUUAUGAUGAAGGUUUGGAGAAGACCAGGCAGACCUUGAAUGCAAAAAUAAGCCAGCUCAAUUCGGCCAUUGACAAUGUCUCUUCGCGUUUGAGAGGUGGGAACAAUGUGCCGACGGUGCCAAUUAAAAGUGAUCCUGAAGUAGAAGCAACCAUAUUGGAGGAGAGCAGCAGUUAG